AUGGCCCCAGCAGAAGUUAAAAGGGAAGGUGAUGAUUAUGACAUUCCAAAUGAAGCAGAUGACAUUCGUUUGAUGAAUGAAAGUUGGCCAGAACCUUAUCAUGGUUGCGAAGCUGGUCUGAGCAAUGAAGAAGCCACCAACAUGAACGUUGAAGAUGGCGGAGCCGAUGUGAAAAAAGAAAUGGUUGACGAUGCUCAUCGCAAUGACAUGGUUGGUGAUGUUGAACGUGCUAUUCUGGAACAGAAAUUUGAUUCGGUCGAAGAUGGAGAAGCUUUUUACAAUGCGUAUGCUAAAGCCAAGGGAUUUAGUAUACGAAAAUCCAGAUUUAACACAAAUAAAGAGGGAAAGGUCGUUAGUAGGCUGUGGUUGUGUUCAAGGGAAGGUCAGAGAUUACCAAAAUACUUGGACCGUAUUGCUGAGAAGAGCAGAGCUCCCAAGGCACUAACAAGAGUAGGUUGCAAAGCCCAAUUUCGCAUACGGUACGAUGUAGAUGCUGGUAAAGGGGGACAGUAUGUUGUGACUCACUUCGUCGCAGACCACAACCAUGAAUUGGCGGAACAACAUUGUGUGAUGUAUCUGAAGUCACAUCGCAGUUUAAACAACGCCGACAAAGCUCAAGCAAUGGCUAUAUGCAACGUCGGUGUGAUGACUAGCCAAAUCAUGGACUAUAUGGUAAAUCAAUCCGGGUCUUAUGAGAAUAUUGGUUUCAUCCGUACGGAUCUGCACAACCAUAUUCAAGCCGAACGUAGAGCAGAAGUUGAUGAUGGUGAUGCGCAGGAUUCGAAAUCGCGGGCCGACUACGCAAAGUUUGGUGAUGUGUUGAUAUUUUACUCAACUUACAAAACCAAUGCAUACAAGAAACCUUUUGUCAUGUUGGCUGGUGUGACUACCCACUUUAAGACCACGAUAUUUGCAUGUGUUUUGCUAGCUAAUGAGACAAUUGAGACAUACACAUGGGUUUUGGAAACAUUUAUGGAGGCGAUGAACAAUAAAGCACCUGUGUCCGUACUGACAGAUGGAGAUAAGGCAAUGCGAGAGGCAAUCAGAAAAGUAUUUCCAGACACAAGACAUCGAUUAUGUAAUUGGCAUCUUGGGAAAAAUGCUGUUUCAAAUGUUCACAUAAGUGGCUUUGCACAUGUUUUCAAGCAGUGCAUGGACAUGGAAACAGAUGAGACAAAGUUUGAGCAUGGUUGGACGACAAUGGUCGAAAAAUUUGGACUUCAAACCAACAGUUGGGUGUUGAAGACAUAUGAAAAGCGUCAUAUGUGGGCUGAGGCACAUAUGCGUGGACAUUUCUUUGCUGGGAUGAAGAGCACUCAGCGCUCGGAGUGUAUGAAUGCUUAUUUCAAUCCCUUCCUCCAACACAAAUUGAAGCUAUAUGAAUUUGUUAGGAACUAUGAUCCGGCUCUUGUAAGGAUAAGAUGGACAAGGGCUGCAAGUAAGGAUGGCCAGCAAUAG